CACACUGAGAAUAAGGAGGACACCUUAUCUUUAAGCCAGUUGUGCUUUAUACUGGUUUGCAAGAUGACCUGACAAGGACUGAGGCAGCAUUUUGACCACGUGAGGUGCAGACCAAUUACAUGCUAAAAGAGUAGUGUCAAAGUGUCAAAACUAGGCAAGUGCAUGGAGGGUAGGGAAUGUAGACAAACAGAAAAGACAGGAAAGAAAGGAAUAAAGGGAGAACAGUAGUGAUAGAGGCUAAAAACAAGGAGCAGCGUGAGACUCUGAAUCUACCUCACAUUGGAGGAGAGAGCUGAAGAUGAACAUCCGUGCGCUGCAGAUUUGGGGGUUUCUUCAGACUGUAUUGGGCUGGACCUUCAUCGCCUGCUCUUUAGCCAUGGAGGGCUGGAAAGUGGCUGCUACCGGUGGCCAGGGCGGCAGUGCUGUCUUCACCGUGGCCUGGUAUUGGUCCAGUUUGUGGAGGGCCUGCUCCACUGAUUCUAACGCUGUCUCCAACUGCUACGACUUCCCUGUGCUCUGGUCUGUGGAGUAUUACGUCCAGGUUGUGAGGGCUCUGCUGAUGAGCGGAAUAGCCAUUGGUGUGCUGGGGUUCAUUCUAAGCAUGGUGGGAAUGGAAUGCACUUACAUUGGAGGCAAGGAGAAAGAGAAGAACAGAGCCAUCUUCAUUGGAAGCCUCUGUCAUAACACUAGUGGUUUGUUGGCUGCGGCAGGCUAUGCAGUCUACGCUUGGCAUGUCUCCACAGAAUAUUUCAACCCUAAUUUCCAAUUGAAGUAUGACUUGGGAACACCGUUGUUCCUUGGAUGGGUUGGAUGUGUAUUUCAGAUCACUGGUGGGCUGUUCUACCUGGUUUCAGUUUAUAAGCUCUGGUCUCUGGAGGACAGUAGUACCCGCGAUCUGAUGGAUGCUGAAGAAAGCAAAACCUUGCGUUCGACUCCGACAAAUCUCUCCGUCAUCUCUGAACUUUCCAGCAAAUCCACAGCAUCUACUGUGUCUGACCUCCCCUUACAGUCACCUUCCACUGUGUCCAAAAUCUCACACAAGACUCAGCAUCCUUCCAGCACCUGAUGUUCCUCUCAACAUAGUAAGAGAUUAGAGGGCUCUAUAUUUGUAUUUUUCUUACUCUAGAUGUUCAAUCAGGGUUUAUAGGUCCUCCAGGUCCAGCAGUUAAGACAGACAGAGGAUGAUGCCUGGACAAAAUCUGUUCAUUAGGAACUUCUCCGA